AUGGCAAAAAGACAAGCAAGCAGCCCGAGGCUCGCGCCAUGCUCGCUACUCUUGGUUCAGCUCAUUGCCCUCACAUUCUUCACCUCGCUGGUCUUGGCCCAAGACCCAACCAUAUGCAGUGCCUCGUCACCUUGCGCCAAUGGCUGUUGCAGCAAGCAUGGGCAUUGUGGCUUUGGCCCUGAGUUCUGCUCAGCCGGGAACUGUGUCGGCACGUGCGAGCGCAAGGCCGAGUGCGACGGUGGCAACUGGGGAGCUGAGUGGGUGGACAAGGUCAAGUGUCCGCUGAACGUGUGCUGUUCAACGAGUGGCUACUGCGGUACUACCAAGCUCUUCUGUGGCGACAAGAAGGUCGAUCGGCCAGCCUCGUGCGAAAAAGGCAUCAACCGCGUUGUUGGCUACUACGAGGGAUGGGCGUACAAGCGACCAUGCAACAACUUCAUGCCGGAACAAAUCCCCAUCAAUCUGUACUCGGUCCUCAACUACGCGUUUGCCACAAUCGAUCCCGUCACUUUCGCGGUCAGGGCGCCCACCAAGAAGGACGAGGACAUGAUGCAGCGCCUCAUAGAGCGGAAGAAGUUCGACAAGGGCCUCAAGGUCUUCAUCGCUAUUGGCGGAUGGACCUUCAAUGACCCGGGCCCAACCGCCACGACCUUCUCCGAUAUUGCACGGUCUCCGGAGAACAGGGCAGCAUUCAUCAAGUCCUUGCUCGGGUUCAUGAUGUACUACGGCUUCGACGGCGUCGAUCUUGACUGGGAAUAUCCGCAGGCGCCUGACCGCAGUGGACGGCCCGAGGACUUCGACAACUUUGUCGCGCUCAUGAGCCAGCUCAGGUUGCAGCUCGGCCUUGUCGGGUAUCAGGUGAGCAUCACCUUGCCUGCGUCCUACUGGUACCUUCAGCACUUCGACAUAGUUCGCCUCCAGCGGUAUGUCGACUUCUUCAACAUGAUGACGUACGAUCUGCACGGAACUUGGGACAUCGGCUCCGAGCAUGUCAAGCCCGAGUUGAACGCACACACGAACCUGACCGAGAUCACGACGGCGCUGGACCUUCUCUGGCGCAACAAGAUAAACCCUGACAAGGUAGUGCUCGGGCUCGCCUUCUAUGGCCGCGCCGUGGUACCCUCGGACCCAGGCUGCACAACGCCGGGCUGUCUUUUCGCGUCUGGGGCACCACGCCUCCCGUGCUCAGGCGAGAUCAGCGUAGCGCUGAACAGCGAGAUUGACGACAUCAUCUCCAAGGAGAAGAUCAAGCCGUCGCUCGACAAGGAAGCGGCAGUCAAGCUCAUGACAUACGGGGGCGGCAACUGGGUGAGCUUUGACGACGGCGACACCUUCAAGGUGAAGAUUGACUUUGCCAAGAGCCAGUGCCUGGGAGGAGUCAUGGUGUGGGCUGUCAGCCACGACACCAAGGACUCCGAGUACUCGUCGGCUCUGGGAAAGGCCCUCGGCAGGGUGCCGGCGCUUCCGUCCACGGGCGACGGCACCGAGGAGGUGACGACCAACCACCUCCAGUGCAAGUGGACCGGCUGCGGACAGUCGUGCCCGACCAACUGGUUGCCCGUCUUUCGCAGCGGGCCAGACUCGACACCUGGAUCAUGGGAGUACAUGAAGGAAACCGAAGGCUGCCAGGGCACUGGCGGCGCCCACACAUUUUGUUGCCCGCCGGGAGAGCUGCACCCGGUCUGCGGCUGGUACACGCACAACAACGGUAAAUGCAAGAGUGGUUGUCCGAGCGGCUACUCGGAGGUCGGAGCCAAUGGCAUGCACUGCAACAACGGUGACUACCAGAGCGCGUGCUGCUCGUCCGAGGACCAGAACAGCCGCGGCGUCAAGAACCUGCUGCUCUACUCCAAAUGCCACUGGGGCGACAAGCCGCGGUGUGAGGCGUCGAGCUGUGGCGAUGGCCGUAGCAAGCUGCUUGGGUCCAUGAAUGGGCCAGGGGCAGGCGAGUGCCAGAUUGGAGAUAAUGACUGGCAGAACAUGCAGUCGGAGGAGCGCAAGUACUGCUGCGACACUGGCAACAGCAACGAGCGCUGGGGCACAUGCGAGUGGUACAAUCAGGGCUUCCGGCCUGCCAACGAUCCAGACUACUGCGGCAGCGAGUGUCCCGGCAACAUGGUCCGCGUGGCCAUGGAGAAGUACGGCGGUAGCUGUCGCAGCGGUGCCAGAGCAAAGUGUUGCACUCCUGAAGCCAAGACCAUCACCAAGCGCGACACAGACGAGACGGACUACUACAAGAAAAUGCUCAAGACCUUCAUGGAGGAUCCCACAUGCCCCAAUGACAUGUACGGGGGCCUCUUCGACCAAGAUGCGCCCAUCCUGCGCGAGCGCAGUGCCAGUGCCAGUGCCAGUGUCAGUGUCAGUGUCGGGGCGGCUGCCGAGACCAACGCGACGACGUCGCUUGAGCCGCGGGCAUCGACGACCAAGGAGGCCCAGGCCGUCGGCUUGUGGCUGGCGAGCUACCUACUGCUGCAGAUGCGUGAGUCCAACAACGUUCCAGUGCUCAAUUACAUGCGCCAAAUGUGGAACGACGCCAUCGUGCCCAGAUACGAAUGGGUCACCUACGACAACUUGAGCGGCUAUCUCAAGGACACGGUUGAGGCCGAGUGGAUGCGGGAGCACUGGAGCGACAUCAAGCUGGGCAACUACAUCACCUGCAACCUUGACGCCAUCAACAGCCGUAUCCGCAAGUGGAAGGAUCCCAAGAGCUCUCGGCCCUGGGUGUGCUGGUGCUAUGGCUGGGAGUGCGGGUGUGAAGGGACCCUGUGCCCUCGGUCCCUGUCCCGUGGCUCUCUCACAUCACCCGACACAGCCACGUCUCCCGUCAACCACACUUCCUCGCGCCGCGCCUACGAUAGGGAGUACGUCUGGGAGGCGGAAGCGCCCGACGGCACUCUCUAUACUGGAGUCUUCACGGCGCAGACCUGGCCGGGCCCGGCUGCCUUUGGCGUAGACUCGUGGCAGUGGCAAAACACGUACGUUAUCGACACCCUAGGCGACUGCCCUCAGACGACCAUGGAACGUCUGAACCACCAGGCUAUCGAAGAGUACAUCUCCCUCGUAAACGGUGACGCCAUUGGCCGGAAGCCGACCGAGUUCGUCAACGUCGAGCAUUACGUCGAGAAGAAUGCCCCGAGCGAAUGGGCCGAGCGAGUGAUCGAGCAGCGGCUCUACGGCGGACGCCCCUUCCCCUCUGCUGCCAGCAUUCCCCCAAGAUUCUUUUCCGAAUUCAUGAAGGAUGCCCAGCUUGCCCUCUCCCAGUAUCCAACCACCCCAGGCGCCAGCAACGAACCCCAUCCUGAGCGCCGGUUCAUGCACGCCCUGGGCACCGAGGGCUGGGUUAGAAACUUCCUCCUCCUGCAGGACGACGUCAACAUCGCAAAGGCCAGCAUCCUCGACGGCAAGGACCCCGUCUCCGACACCCGGAUGCGCGAGUUCAUGGAGGAGAACCCCCUUCACUUCAUCACACGCCUGCGCCUCGCCUUUGGGGUGCUCAAUUACCUCAACGAGGCCGACGCCCUCGACGCGGCCACGCGCAGCAUCCAGAGCAUCCGGUGGGAGCUGCGCGUGUACCAGCACAUCUACAACCAGCAGCACGGCACCGAGGUCGAUGCCGUCACCGCCUGGGACGACUGGUACAAGGACUACAUGCAGACCCGCACCCUGGGGGCCAAGGCUUGGAUCUUGCGCUGGCUCGAUGCCGCCGAUGUGUACUAUCAGGCAAACCAGCAGAACCACCCGCACCGGGCCCUCCUGUUGCAGUGCUUGUCGGUUUUCAGGACGAGGGCGAGUGCGCUUGGCGGAUAUAAUCUUUACUGGUACCCCACCGGGACGGCGGAACAACCGGCCUGGGCCGUGUGA